AUGCCGCCGCCAGCGCCACUCGCAGGGGCUAGCGCGCCGCCCAGUGCCCGCGCGUGCACUUCCGCCCUCCGCCCCUCGUGCGCGCGCUGGUAUCCGCGGAGCCACGCGCGGCCUUUCCCCACCGGGCGCAGGUCAACCCGUGCGUUGGACUCAAGCGCGCAGCUGGCGCAUCACCGCUGCGCGCCACUGCGGGCGUUCGUUGGGAGGGAAAGAGGGUCUGCAGGACACGGCGCGGGGAGAAGCCUAGCAGCAGGCGGAAGAAGCGCGGUCUGGGGGAGACCGAGCGGGAAAUGUGGCGGAAGAGUGGGGGAGCUAGUGCGGUGCGAGGCAAGAGGGGGUGAUGCGGUUAGCAGGGGGGGUGGCGGGCGAGGCGGAGGGGGAGGUGGGGGCACAGGAAGUGGUGGGUACAGGUCGUUGGAGGAGCUGGCUAACAGCGUGGAGGCUUGCUUCUUCGAGGUGCGCUGCCCAUGGACGCUGCAGCCUCCUCUGCCAGCAUUCGUGCGCCCUCUCCCACACCCCCUUCACAACGUCUCCUGUCUCCCCCUUCCUUACUCCCCCUUCCCUGGCACGCCCUUGCCCACACGCCCCCCACGUGUGUGGUGCGAGCAGGUGUGUGUGAGCAACAGCGGGCGGCCAGCAGCGAUGGCACUGCACGACCUCGCGGCUGCUGCGGCUGACGCCUUCCUCGCCGGCCACUCACUGCAGCGCCUGCUGCUGCAACUGCAGUACGGGGGAGCGGAGGAGGAGGAGUUCAGGAUGAGCGAGGCGGGGUACAGGCUCACGUCCUCCGAGCAGCACUACCGCACACAGUGGAUCAAAACGGUGUACCUGACCAUGUACCGCCUUCACCUGCAGCAGCCUGGCGCCUCCUUCAUCCACAUGCCCUCCUCUCAGCAAAGCCACGGCACUCCCAGCAGAAGCAGCAGCAGCAGCAGCAGCGGAGGUAGCAUUGGGAUGGACGUGAGCCGUGCUGCGCCUGGCCUUGUCCUAGAGGGGCAGAGGACGGGUGAGGAGCAGAGCCUAGUGCACUUCGACCGUGCUCUCGCCACAGCAGGGGCGUCGGGAGGCGUGGCGGCAGAGCGGCGAGUGAUCGCACCGCAGUGGCUGCCUAUCAGCCAGUUGGUGUUGCUCACGUGUAAAGUGGCCAAUGAGAGGCGCGGGCCCCUGUGA